AUGACGCUCUCUUACAAGCAACGUAAAGUGGACCAUGUCUCGAAUCUGACUGGAGGCAGCGCGUGGGAGGUCAAUCUGGUCACACUUGUUGCGCCGGCCGCAGUACUCCUAUGGUCCGUCCUCCAGUCAAGAUCUCUGUUCUUCACGCCGUAUACCCCUGGCGCGUGCCUCGUAGACUUCCUACUUCAAUGUGGAGCUAUUCUGUUCGCAACAACGCUGUACUCCCCUGCGCCACUUUUGCUCAACUUCUUUAUUAUACUGCCUGCCAUUGUCACGUACUUCACUUCGAACUCAGCGCUGCGUCCUGCGAAAAUCAAACCUACACAGCAACCAAAGCACGCGACGAAAGCCGACGCAACCAAGCUUGACCAGUUCCCGAUCAAGCCUUUUAUCACAAGUUACCGUGGGGGAAUGAUAAUAAUAACAUGUGUGGCAAUUCUUGCGGUUGACUUUAAAGUAUUCCCGCGACGAUUCGCCAAGGUGGAAAAUUGGGGGACUUCACUCAUGGAUAUGGGCGUUGGAUCCUUCGUUUUUACGGCAGGUACCGUAUCUGUGCGCUCAAGCCUCAAAGAAAGUGCCAGCGGUAAGAUGCAGCCUUUUCUGCGGCGAUUUGCUGCAUCUUUAAGGCAUUCUCUACCUCUUCUAGUUCUCGGCUUGAUACGUCUCUAUAGUGUCAAAGGUCUGGAUUACGCCGAGCAUGUCAGUGAAUAUGGCGUGCACUGGAACUUCUUCUUUACUCUUGGACUUCUGCCGCCCUUUAUGGCUAUUUUCCAGUCCUUGUUUGCGCUUGUGCCAUCAUAUGCUGCUCUUGCAUUCAUCCUAAGUUUUGCUUAUGAAGUUGCUUUGGAUGAAAACAACACCAAUAUCAAGGAAUUCGUGUUUCUCGCACCUCGCACGGACCUGUUCUCGGCAAAUCGCGAAGGCAUCUUUUCUUUCAUCGGGUACCUGGCCAUCUUUCUCUCAGGUCAGGCUACAGGGACCUACGCACUUCCGCGUCAAGUGAUUUUACCAAAGACUGCCACAUUGUUUCAGAAACUGAGAUCAUCGACCGUAGCCCGACUGGUUGCUUGGGCUGUUGUAUGGUGGUCGUUGUACUAUGUCUCAGUCUCCUAUAACCGGUUCAAUCUCCGUGUCUCGAGGCGCUUGGCAAAUAUGCCAUAUUUUCUCUGGGUUUCCGCAUUCAACACGUCCCAAAUGGCGUUGUACUGUGCUAUAGAGACAAUUUGCUUUCCUGAUCUAUACACUUCUCCAGAUAGGGAGACUGAAAAGGCGCGCGCGGAAUUCGCGACCAGCUCGGUGCUGCGCGCCUUUAACAGGAAUGGGCUUGCGAUCUUCUUAAUUGCAAACCUUUUCACUGGUGCGAUCAACAUGACGAUGAAUACGCUUGACAUGGAGAGAUCUGAGUCUAUGGCUAUUCUUAUCAACUAUCUUGCAGGCGUCGCAACAGUGGCGCUCGUCUUGGACAGAUUUAACAUAUCGAUAAAGCUAUAG